CUCAAAUCUGUGCGCUUGAAAUAGAUCAGGCGAAGCUUUGAUAAAUUGACUUCCAUUUAAAUGAGCAAUGUUCACCCUAAGCCCUGGAUAUAAAAACAGUAGUAAUGUUCAGGAGUGCGGCAGUCCCCGGCCGAGUUUAAAAGCUGAAGCUUCAGUCGGGAAAUGAUUUGACCUUUUUCAAUCAUUAUGUAUCGGUCUCUUCUAGUGAUAUUGACGCUAGGUGUGUUAGUAGUGAGCUUGACGAACAGGAACCCAUUUGGCACCCAUGUUCAGGGUAUUGUUUUAAACUUCUCGACGAAGGCAACAUUGCCGCGAAAAAGUGUAUUGUUUAAGUAUGUGGACUCGCUCCAGAAAGUUACAGACUUUUGUUCACGAAAUAAGUACGAUUUAGACUUGAAUUUAGAAUUCGGAGUGUUUUUAACAAAUGUAAACCUGAAAUUCGUAGUUAUGAAGAAAUAUAAGGCCUUGCCGAAAAAAAUACACAAUUUAUUAAAAAAAAUACUUGAUAAAAAUGACGGUUUAAUCGAAUUCUUCACUAAUAUGGUCAACAAAAAUCAAAAUCCUGGCGAAAGGUCAAACAAAAUGAUAACAUCAUUAUUCAUAAACGAAACUAAAUGGAUCAGUCGAGUUCGCCAGUAUGAUCAUCAUUCAAUAACGCUUAGAGGGAGAUCGGAACAAUUUCAUGGCAAGCAAAUUCGUGAAAGAUACGCAUCGAUAUACGAAUACAUAGAGGAUUUAAAACAUGUUGAAAAGUGGGUACCUACGCCGGGACUGUCUGACAUGUGCUUCGCGUCGUUGGCGGAAAACCCUGAUUAUAAAAUGGACUUACAAGCGAGGUGCAAUUUGGAAGAGCCUUGUUAUCGAAUGCUUAAAAACGGGACUGAUUUUGGGUAUGCCUUAUCUCACAGAUUGUUGUUGCUAUUAAACGCGCAAUUUGCUCGAGGCUGUUAUAUUUUCUCAAUGGAGAAGGACAGGAAGUUGACUGAAAAGUUUUGUAACAUAGCCUACGAUGAAAUCGAGUACGUCACAAAAGAAGGCUAUCAAAUAAUUGAUUUGAUUCUGGAGCUUAUCACUUUGUGUGCGAUGGAAGGCCACUCACAUUUCCUCCGGGAGGAUUGGAUCACAAACAGCCUCCGCUUCCAAACCGGCCAGGGAUGCUUCGCAGUGACUGUACCAUCAAAAUUCGAUACACGUCUCACUAAAUAUAAUGAAAGGCCGAAGACUUGGCAGUUAGCGAAGAAAAACCAUCGACUACUAGGGGGCCUCUGUGACGGACAUGUCACUUCCGUAGCUGCGGCCACUCUAAGUGCAGCCAUCAGAUACAUAUUGGAAACUAAUUACUAACCAAUGAACGUAUCAUUAUUAUUAAUUAAUGGCGUAAACUUUUUUAUUUCUUGCGAGCUUGCAAUCAGUAGGAUCCGCAGAACACAGAAUGAGGUUAGAAGGGUGCUCAUAGACCGUUUGUAUGGAAACUGAUGGCGCCGGGUCGCUCCCACUACACUUCCAUCUAAUAGAUUAUAUCCAAUCAAACUACGCAACAUCAAACAAUCGACCCAAUCAGUGCUCACACCCGAGAGCGACGACGCAUUGAGAACCAAAUUUUCGCUCAAGUUAUGAGCAUUUGCUCACAUAAAACUGUGGCGCGCCUGCCCCGCCCACAAGGCCCUUCGAAUCUCUUUCUGUGUUCUGUGGUAGUAUCAAUAUGGAUAUUGACAAUUUCUUUUUCUUUGUCUAUCAGGUAGAUUAUCAAAAAGUAUUGGGCACAUAUUUUUCUUUAUUCACUUAUUCAAAACAUAAAGUAAGAUCCCAAGAACUUAUCUUUGUAAUUUUUUGGUUAAUUGCGAAAAGGAAAAAAAGGUGACCAUUAUUUUUUUAAUAAUUUAACUGAUGGACUAAAUAGAAUUUCGUUUACUCUAUUUACCCCGUCAUUUUCCCUAUUUGGUGGACAUCAAUAAUAGCUUACAUUAAACUAUGAUUUGGUGUUAUAUAUAAGGGCUUUAUAUAAUACAAUGCGACAAUAUGUUGUAUGUAUGUAAUAAGAAGAUUAUGAAUGCCUAACUCAAGCUUUUUGAUUUAUUGUGAGCUUUGCAAUCAGUAACAUAAAUUUGGUGGACUUCACAAAUGGCUUACAGUUAACGAUAAAUAAGUUUUAUAUAAAGACUUUAUAAAAUACAAUGCGACAACAUUUAUAUAAUUUAAUUAACCAAUGAAGAAGAUUAUGAAAGCUUAACUCAAGCGUUUUGAUUUCUUGUGAGCUUUGCAAUCAGUAACAUUAAUUUGGUGGACAUCACGAAUGGCUUAUACUAACGAUGAAUUGCUGAGAGAUGUUAAUAUAAGGACUUUAUGAAAUACAAUGCGACAAUGUUUGUAUUAUUAAAUAAAAUUAAGCAAUGAAGAAAAUUAUGAAAUAAAAUCAGAAUUGACG